GCUGAGCUGACGGGGAAAACUAAGGGGUGAUAUCAUUGCUCGAUAUGAACUCUCUCAAUUGGGACGAAUCAUUGGACGAUACAGUCCCCGUCUGCCUUAUUCUAUGUAUCCUAUGAUAAGGUUAGGUACCUAACUUAUAAGUUAUAACGCCCUGGCAUUUAAAACAACCAUCUCAACUACUAACUGUAUAAAACGAAGCUCGACUUAUGAAAUUGCGCCAGGGUUGGUCAUAACAACGUCUCAUUUUUCAUAAAGAGAGAGAGAGAGAAAGAGAGAGAAGGGGGCGAUAUAUAUACACCAUGCCCGAGUUCGAAUUCGUGAACGUAGCCCGUCCCAGCGACGUCAAGCGCCACUCCACCAAGAUCCGGCGGCACGUCAUGAAAGACAUCGGCAAGGCGCGUCGAAAACCGCGGUCCAAGAAGACGCGCGGGGAAGUACCUGUUAUGGGAGAAAGCAGCUCGUCCGCCGCUGCAGCAGAUAGGAACAGGGAUGAGGGAAGCUCGUCUUCGUCUUUGUCGUCGUCGUUGACUCUGCCGAGUCCGAUGGCGGACAGCUUACUACAGACUCUGCCGUAUCCGAUCGAUAUGAACGAGGAACGGCUGAGUCUGAUCCGGUAUAUCGUCGAUGAAGCGAAAUCGCAUUAUAGACCGUUCCGCUUCACCUGGCUAACGGUGGGACUGUCCGACGCGGCGGCCUGGCAAAUCACGCUUGCGAACGCGGCCUCGUUCCGCAAGGCCAGCCAGGACUCCGUGACGGCUGAGUAUGCCUGCAGCGUCGAGGCGAUGAAGUGGUAUACGCUGUCGCUGGCGUCUAUCACUAAGAGGCUCGCAGAUCCUGAUGAGAAAGAUAGCGAGGGCCUCAUCGUUGCUGUUACUGGUUUCGUCUGCCACGACGCUACGUUAGGGAACUUUGACCGCUUCUGUAUACACAUGGACGGGCUCCAGCGUUUGAUCAACAGAAAAGGUGGUCUGGACAGUUUAAGCAGUCCGUUCCUGCGAUUCAUGAUAUCUUGGUACGACCUCCUCGGCGCCACAUACCACAACGCCAAGCCGCGCUUCAGCAUCCCCGCGGGAUCCAUCCGGGCCGUCGACACGGACGGCGCCGAGACGCGGUACCUCGAGCGGCUGCUGGCGUCGUGGGACGCGGACUGCCCCGCGCUGGGCGACAUCAUGGGCGCGAUGCGCGCGAUGGCGGCCGCGGCAAGCUACAUCGACCGGCGGCCGUUGACCGACGGGUUCUGGACCGACGACGUGACGAUCGCGCGGGUGCUCGGCCCCGCGUUCCACGCGGUCCUGUCGCUCGACGGCCGCGCGCUGCCCGACGACCCCGCGGACCCGGGAUACUCGGCGACGGCGGCGCGGGAGGCAUUCCGCCGCGCGGCGCUGGUGUUCCUGGGCGCGGUGAAGGCGCGGAUGGGCGCCGGGGCGCGCGAGAUGCGCGCGCACCUCGACGCGUUCCGGCAGAUCUCGCAGCUGCCGCUGGUGGACUGGGGCGUGGUGCCGGAGCUGAAUCUGUGGGCGCACGUGGUGAGCGGGAUGCAGGAGACGGGGGAGGGGGAGGGGGGGAGCCCGAGUCGGGCGUGGCAUAUCCUGACUAUUGUGGGGAUCAUGCAGAUGAUGGGGUUGAGGAAGGGGGAGGAGGCGGUUGCGGUUGCGAGGGGGGUUAUUUGGGUGGAUGCGAUUGAUAUGGGGAGGUCGACGGCGCUUUGUCGUGAGGUUGAUGGGUAUUUGGAAGCGAGUGCGUUGCAAUAGAAGGUACCUCCUUAGGCAUCGCCUGGAUGUCUGCUUAGUCUUUCAGGAGGUGGUAGCAGGUGAAGGAGCCUGCUCUCUGACUACUAUGUGGAUCAUCGUCGGAUUAGAAAUUGUUAUGAAGGGAAAAAUAUAACGAAAUAAUUAUGUUGGGGAUACCCCUAUACGGCUGGUCGCUAAUAAUAUAUGACAAAAUAAAUACCUCACUGGCCGCUCUACCUUAGGUAU